AUGAAGGGAGCGACAUACACUGUCGACAACGACAACAAAGACCUCAUGGGAGACGCGCCGCCCAAAGACGGCUGGCACACCUUCCGCGGCUACAACCUCUGCGAAUUUCUCGUCGAUCGCGCUCUGAAGUACCUCAAGAGCCUCAGCGCGAUGGAGCAGUCAAGUACGGCUGGCAGCCUCGCGCGGACGUCGACCAUCGGGCGGACGAGGCAACUGAUGGCGCUGCUCGAGGCGCUUCUUCCGAGUCACGCGGACGCACCUCAGCUUUCUCAAGAGCUUGAAGACUUGUUGGAUGAUGGCGAUGCGGAGCUCGGCGAUUUUCGCCGCCUUGCGUUGGCGUCUGGUCGACACGAGCACUCGUG